GCCAUGGCAUACACAUACAAUAAGUUGAUCGCUCGCGUCAUGGACGAGGAGCCGGUGGGCUCCCGGAAUAAGGUGACGGUGGUGGGCGUUGGGAUGGUGGGCAUGGCCUGUGCCAUGAGCAUCCUGAUGAAGGAGUUGGCAGAUGAAGUGGCCCUGGUCGAUGUGAUGGAGGAAAAGCUGAAGGGCGAGGCCAUGGACCUGCAGCAUGGGGGGCUUUUCCUGCGCACACCCAAAAUCGUAGCCAGCAAAGACUACAGCGUAACGGCGAACUCCAAGGUUGUUGUGGUGACGGCCGGAGCCCGGCAGCAGGAAGGCGAAAGCCGUCUCAACCUGGUGCAGCGCAACGUCAACAUUUUCAAGUUCAUCAUCCCCAACAUCGUCAAGCACAGCCCCGACUGCAUCAUUCUCGUCGUCUCCAACCCAGUGGACAUCCUGACGUAUGUGGCCUGGAAGCUGAGUGGCUUCCCCAGGCAUCGUGUCAUCGGCAGUGGCACCAACUUGGACUCUGCCCGCUUCCGCUUCCUGAUGAGCGAGAAGCUUCACGUCCAUCCAUCCAGCUGCCAUGCCUGGGUCAUCGGAGAGCACGGGGACUCAAGCGUGCCCGUGUGGAGUGGUAUGAAUGUGGCCGGGGUCUCCCUCCAGAAACUGAACCCAGAGAUGGGAACAGAUACCGAUCAGGAAGACUGGAGAUAUGUGCACAAGAGGGUGGUAGAUGGUGCCUAUGAAGUCAUUAAACUGAAGGGAUACACGUCCUGGGCAAUUGGGCUGUCUGUGGGAGACCUGGUAGAGUCCAUCAUCAAGAACCUGCGCAAGGUGCACCCAGUAUCCACGCUAGUCAAGGACAUGCACGGGGUGAAGGACGAGGUGUUCCUGAGCGUGCCCUGCGUGUUGGGCAACAGCGGCCUGACAGACGUGGUGAAGAUGAGCCUGAAGCCUGAGGAGGAGAGGCAUCUGGUCAGGAGUGCGGAGACCCUGUGGAGUGUGCAGAAGGAGCUGUCCUUGUGAGAUAUCGACCGCACCUCAAUCACCGCCCCAACCGCAUACACACCCAAAAACAGCCCUGCUCUGACUCCAUCCCCUUCCCAUCCCCCCGGCCCUGUCAACACAGACCUCCGGUCUCCCUGUAGUGCCCCCUGGCAGAGAUGAGUCCUCACUGUAUGCUCAUCAAACAUCCCGGGGGAUGUGCCAAUGUGCUUCUGACCUCUUCCAUGGUCCAUUGUAAAACUGAACUGAACCUGCAGGUGGCUCAGGCAGGAUGGGCCUCCAUUUUGGAUUCGUCAUUUUAUGUUCAGCAGAACCAUUCCAGCAGAGCCCCUGUUCACAGGCCAGCACACUGGGGAUCCUCAACACCACCUUCAACUCGUCCUUAAAUAUGGCAUCCCGCACUACAGAAUUCCAAUCUAUACGGGUGUUUCAGUGUGCUAAACAACCACUGCACGGCUAUCACUGCCCAGUGGUCCUAUCUUUUACACAGGCAGAGUCAUUCAACAGCCAAAGGGCAACCAUUUCCCUCACCUCAAUUUUACUACAUUAAUAAAGGAUAAAGCAUUUUCAGCAAACUAGUUUUGGAGCAACAGUUCUUUGAUUCAAUGUAAAAUGUUGUAAAAGCUGGCAGAUAGGAACCUGUAUUUUUACAAUAAAAAUUAUCUGCAGUAAUCUG